AUGUCGAUGAGAGGCAACAGUUCGACGAGCUCGGGGGGCGAGAACAGGAAGAGGGACAAGGAGUACGCCUCGUCCCUCGUACCCGAGGUGCUGGAGGAUCUCCGCAAACCGGACAACUACCACCGCCUGCGAGACCGCAACUCGCGGUCAACCACCAGCGGCUCGCGGAUAGGUUCAUCGUCUUCUGGAGGCGGAUCAUCAUCCUCCUCUUCGACCAACUCGUUGGGCGCGAUGCUAUCGACGGGCGAGAGGAAGAGGGGCAACACCGCCAGUUCUGGCGACAGAAGCGGCAGCGGCACGGUGGUUCUCGCUGCGAGCGAGAAGAGGGACAAGUACGCGAGCGGCGCCAGGCGGGACUCUCUGGUGGGUGGAGGAGGUAGCGGCUCGUCGGGCUCCUCAUCUUCGAUUGGAAGCGGGAGUGGAAGUGGGAGGAAGGAGGGGCGAGGCGUCGAUUCGCUCCCUCCCGCGCUCAAGGAGGAUCUUGAGAUCUUCAAGAGGGAGCUGGUGAAGCACCUGAGGAAGGAGAUGAGCAGGCUCAAGGACGACCUCAUCGACGAUCUGCGCCGAGAAUUCGCUGCCUUUAGACAGAACUGA